CUCGCUCAUCUGCAGGUUGCGCUGGAGCAAACCCUUCAUCUGCCUCUCCCAAUUCCAUUGCCCCUUAGCAAAGCCCUCGAGUGUUAGCUUUGUUUUGGGGUUCUCUCUCUCUCUCUCUCUCUCUCUCUAUCCUCAAUCAAAAAAUGAAUGAAUGUAAGAAAAUGUGGCAUCUCCACCGGCGGGUUGUCCUGUUGUGCGGCGUGGAGUCGGCUGCAAAAGCGAAAAUAAAACACAUUUUGGGUUGGACCUUGGUAUCAAAAUUUCAUUUUUUUUUCUUCUUUUCUCUCUACCUCCGUAUCGUCCGUACUUCGAUUCGUGGCCCAGUCUCCCUUUUCCUAUGAUGAAUGCUCGUGCGCCCCUCAAAAUCGAUUUUGGUGCUGGUGGGAGAGGGUUUUUACAGAGGGACCAAUACAUGUUUGGUGUUUUCUUGGUCCUUGUUAUUAAAAAAAUAAAUCAACGCGCAACCUUUGCUGAGUUAGCUUAAGCACGUGAUUACAAGGUGCUCUGGUUUUUUUUGUGCUCUGUUUCUCAACUCACCGCCUUUAUUUACAGGAUAUAAAUCCCCAAUCCAUGUGUACUGUAUCUUAAAUUGUUCCAUGUGUACCAGUAUAACUUAAUUACACAUGAUAAGCCUUGUUGGAACCAAGAACAAUGGCAAGAUUGCCAGACUAGAAGCUAUAUAUGUAAGGCGUUUAUCAGAUUGCAGUAUUAUUGGGACACCUGAGGUUUUGAGUUAUAAUAGUCUGGACGACCCUCUAGGGGGUAGAAAUGUAUGAUAUCCAGCUUCUGUUACUAAUUCAACCUAUUCUCAGCUUAUAUGAUUAAGCUCUAGUGACUGCUUCAGCAUGUUUUCAACUGGUCCCAUAAAUUUCUACUAUGCGUCAUUAUAGUAUUUCUGUUAUGUGUGCUUCUUUAGCAUACUGUACUACUGACAAAUGGUAACAUCAUUUUCAUACUGUGCUUGCUACUGGUUUGUAUCCUUCAGGUCUCAAGGUUGUUUGCCUUUUCCCUUGCCUUCAGGAAUGGACUACACAUCAGAUGGAGAUUCUGAGGUUGAAGCUUAUGGAUCCAGCACUUUUGAGCUUCUGGAAUCAGGAGAUUUAAAAAUGAUGAGUGAUGAAGGCUUGUACCGAUGCCCCUUUUGUUCAGAUGACGAGAAGGACCACAGUCUAAAUGAUCUGCUGCAGCAUGCCUCUAUUGUAGGAGCUGCACAUGAUCGGCAAGCCAAAGAGAAGGCGGACCACCGUGCUCUUGCAAGGCAUUUGAAGGGUAAGCCGGUUGAAUCACCUGGCGCACUUUUGCAGCCAAUGCUUAUGGAUGUGCAGGAUCCUGAGCAUACUCAAGAUGAGCAAUUUGUUUGGCCCUGGAUGGCUAUCCUAGUCAAUAUGCCAAAUGAAUUCUUCGGUAAAAGUGCGAACCGACUGAAGGAGCAUUACUCAUCUUUUCGUCCAGUGAAAGUGCAUCCUGUAUAUAGCAAAGGUCGUCCCACGCGUGAUGCUGUCAUUGAGUUCGGGAAUGACUGGAGAGGUUUUAGGAACGCACGGGCCUUUGAUGGUCACUUUGCGAUGAAAGGGUACAGUAAAAAUUGCUGGAAGGAGAUGAAGUGUGGAGGUACAGAGACUGUUGGGUGGAUGGCAAGGGCUGAUGACUACAAUUCUCUAGGGGCAAUAGGUGAACUACUGAGAAAAAAUGGUGACCUGAAAACAUUAAAAGAUAUUGGGAGUGAAGGGGCAAAUAAAACCGAAAGACUUCUGUCCAAUUUGGCCUGCAAAGUUAAAGAAAAGGAAAUUUAUUUAGAGAAACUUGAGUCUGAGUACAACAAGCGUUCUGCUUCACUUAACAUAAUGAUGCAGAAGAGGGAGCAACGACUCCAGUCAUACAAUCAAGAAAUCCUGAAGAUGAGAAAGCUUGGUCAACAAAACACACAAAGAGUUGUUGAGGAGAACUGGAAGCUACAGUCCAAUAUCCAGGACAUGGUGGAUGAGCUUGAUGCAAGAAACAAACAAAUCGAGGAGUCAGAACAUGACAAACGGAAUCUUGAGCAGGAGAAGCUAAAGAAUGCAAUGAGGACCAGUCAUCUUAGGUUGGCUGCAUUGGAGCAAGAGAAAGCUGGUGAAAAUGUUCAAAAGCUUGUGGAUAAACAAACGAGAGAAACAAAAACUAUUCUAGACGAUUUUUUGAGGUUGAACACUCAGUUGGAGAUGAGGCAGAAACUUGAACUGGAAAUAAAGCACUUGAGCGGGAAACUGCACCUGAUGGAGCUCAAGCCAGGUGAUGAAGACCCGAUAUCGAGAGAGAAAAUGGCUAAACUAAAGGAGGAGCUCAAAGAGAAGAUCGAAGAACUGAACGAUGCGGAAAACUACAACCAAGAUAUAAUCAGUAGGGAAAGCAAGAUCAGUGAUGAGCUGCGAGAAGCUCGAGAAUUGAUGAUAAAUGCUCUGCAGAGUUUGUCUGGAUCCUCAGACUGCCCUACACAGAUAGGCGUCAAGAAAGUUGGUGAACUUGACCUCAGUGUGUUUCUAAACCUGUGCAAGCGGAAGUUUCCAGCAGUGGAUGCAGAAGUUGAAAGUGCUAGACUUUGUUCAAAGUGGCAGAAUGACAUUGAAAAUCCUGAAUGGCAUCCUUUCAAGGUUAUUAUUGUUGAUGGAAAAGUGUCGGAAGCACUCAAUGAGGGUGACAAGAAGCUCCAAGAAGUAAAGGAGCUCGGUGAGGAACCCUAUGCUGCAGUAACAAAGGCGCUGACGGAGCUGAAGGACGGCAAUGGCGGCAGGAGGGAUCCUUUCCCUGAGCUGUGGAACUACCACUUGGAUCGGAAAGCAAAGACGGUGGAAGCAGUUCGGCAUGCUUUGGCGCUUUGGAAAGCAAGCAAGACGAAGGGCAAGCGAAGCCGCUGACUUCAACGCCAUUGUUCCAUGCUUAAUGAAUGAAGAUCCUAGCUAGAGUAGUACGUAGUUUAUCUGUUUUUGAGUUACUGGAAGUGCAGUUAACCUGGUGCAUGUACUUGGAAACUAUUACCUUGUAUGUUGCAACUCUGAACCAAGCAUGGCCCUGAGCCCCUUACGCUGCA